AUGAGCCUUCCAAAGUCUGGCCUCAAGAAGGUCGCUGAGCCUGUCCCUCUCGAGUCCCUCCGCUCCCCAGAAGUCCCAGCAUUCGCAGUCCAGGACGACAAGUCUUCUGCAUCAGAUUCCGAAAAACUCCCAGAGAGAGAUUCAAUCGCAUCCUCCCUGUCAGGCUUCAAUGACAUCGCACUCGACUCUGACGACUCCAGCGAAUCGCCGUCCGUAGCGACCGCCAAACCAAUCGUUCAGGACCAACAGAAUCAAUCAACCACAUCUUCACGUCCGGCCUCCCCUGCAUCAUUGAAUGGUGACGCCAAUGAACGCCCAACGAGCGUAUUCUCAAUAGCCUUGGACUCCCCUAUUGGGAACCCAAAAUCACACAAGAAAACCUCGUCAACCACCACUAUCAGAUCGUCGUUCAGGGCCAAUCGCUCGGAGGAUUCAGAUGAAGAGGAUGUCUCCCGCCGCCGUGCAUCAGCCCGAGUCAGUCUUGAUGGUCAGCAGAUGCUUCAGGAAGAAUUUGCAAGAUUGCAAAAGGAGGAGAUGGAGCACAGUGCUUCGACGGACGGUACCAUAGACUGGGACUUCUGGGGUGCAGUUAUUUCUGACUACCAGAGUUUCGCGGCGGAGCGUCCGCAAGAAUUGGCACAAGCAAUAGCUCGCGGAAUCCCACCAGCACUUCGUGGAAUGAUGUGGCAGCAUAUGGCAGCCUCAAAAGAUCCAGAGUUAGAGGCGACGUACCUCAAGCUACUCAAGGAAACGAGUGCUCACGAGAAGGCCAUCACAAGGGAUUUAGGAAGAACAUUUCCGCAUCAUACCUUUUUCACAGACGGUCAAGGUAUUGGACAGGAGAACCUAUUCAAUGUCCUCAAGGCCUACUCCCUGUACGACCCCCAAGUAGGGUACUGUCAAGGAUUGCCGUUCGUUGUGGCAAUUCUGCUCUUGAACAUGCCAGACGAAGAGGCUUUCUCGCUUCUUGUCAAGUUGAUGUACGUGUACGACCUUCGGGGCCACUUCCUUCCAGAAAUGCCCAAGCUUCAGCUUCGACUAUUCCAAUUCGAUCGGUUAGUGGAAGAAUUGCUACCAGUACUGCACGUCCAUUUCCUGCGGCAGGGUGUCAAGUCCACGAUGUACUGUUCCCAAUGGUUCUUGACCAUGUUCAGCUAUCGCUUUCCACUUGAUGUCGUGUUUCGGAUAUACGACAGCUGCCUCGCCAACGGCAUCGAAGCUAUCUUCGGUUUUAGCAUACAGUUACUGCGGAAGAAUGAGGAGCAACUACUCAAACUCAAAUUCGAUGAGAUCUUGGCCUUUUUGAAUAAGAGACUGUUCGAGGUUUAUCAGAUAACGGAAGGGCCAGAAGAGGAGGGAACACCUAAGUAUAGAGUUGACGAAUUCGUGCAGGAAGCGGUCUCCGUCAACAUCACCCCCUUUAUGCUUGACUCGUUCCGACACGAGUAUGAGGAUCUGAUGCGGGAAACUCACAAACAGAAGACUUUGAUCGAGGACCUUACAACGACCAAUCGACAGUUGUCACAACAAGUGAAAUCGCUGGAAGAGACGCUCGCUCAGCUCAACGCAGAGCAUGUUGAGCUCCUUAACGAACUCGUCAAGCAAAGACUGAAGGGCGAGGAAAUGGAAGGAGAGCUUGUGCGGUAUAAAUUAUUAUAUGCCGAAGCGAUGCAUCAGAAUGCAGAUGCACAGUCCACGAACCGGAUAUCACUAGCCUCUAUGAUGGGGAGCCUGAAGAGGGGCAGUUCACGAUCGACGAAUGACCUGAGAUAA